CAGCAUGUGGUGAUGUUAAUCGUAAUGUCAUGUGCAGUUCUAAUCCUUCCCUUUCUGAAGUUCAUGGACAAGUGCAUGAAUUCUCCAAGAAAUUAAGCACUCACUUGCCCCCUAGAACAACAGCAUAUCAUGAAAUUUGGUUGGAGGACAAAGUUGUUGCUGGAAAAGCUGUACAAGAUUUUGAACCAUUAUAUGGUCCGACAUAUCUUCCACGUAAAUUUAAGGUUGCAAUCGCAGUACCUCCUAAUAACGACGUGGACGUGUUUGCACAUGACUUGGGGUAUAUAGCAAUUGCAGACAAAACUAAUAAAAGAUUGUUAGGUUACAACGUUACUGUUGGUGGUGGUAUGGGGAUGACUCAUAAUAACAAGAAAACUUAUCCACGCCUUGGAGAACUUCUUGGUUUCUGUACUCCUGAACAGGCCAUCGAUGUUGGUGAAAAAGUUAUGUUAGUUCAAAGAGAUUUUGGGGACCGAAUCAAUAGAAAACAUGCACGUCUCAAAUACACUAUCGAUGAUAGAAGCUUGGAUUGGUUCCGUUCUGAAGUUGAAACUAGGCUAGGAUAUAAGCUUGAACCACCACGUGAAUAUACCUUUGAAAACAAUGCAGAUCGAUAUGGUUGGACAAAAGGUUUUGAUAGUAUGUGGCAUUUUGGUAUUUACAUUGAAAAUGGUGUUGUUAAAGAUUUACCCGGAUCUCCCAUUAAAACUGGUUUACGUGAAAUCGCCAAAGUACAUAAAGGUGAUUUCCGAUUAACACCUAAUCAACAUCUUGUUCUUGGUAACAUUACCGAAGAGAACAAAGCACAAAUUGAAGAACUAUUGAAAAAAUAUAAGUUAGAUAACCUGCAGCAUACUGGACUUCGACUAAAUUCCAUGUCAUGUGUAGCAUUGCCGACAUGUGGUUUAGCAAUGGCAGAAUCCGAAAGAUAUCUUCCCUUACUUGUGGAGAAAUUAGAAACCAUUACUACUGAAGUAGGUUUAAAAAAGGAUGCAAUCACGGUUAGAAUGACAGGAUGUCCUAAUGGUUGCGCACGUCCUUAUGUAGCAGAGAUUGCCUUUGUAGGAAAAGCAUUAGGAACAUAUAAUUUAUAUUUAGGAGGCGGUUUUUAUGGUCAAAGAUUGAAUAAGUUAUAUAAAGAAAAUUUGAAAGAGGAUGAUAUCUUGAGAGAGUUGAGACCGAUUAUAGAACGUUAUGCAAAAGAAAAAAUAAAUGGCGAAAAAUUUGGUGAUUUUGUUAUUAGAGCUGGUUACAUUAAAGCUACAAUUGCCGGAAAAGAUUUUCAUGACUUGUAA